UAUCGUCAAAACGGCUCAGCGGCAGAUUUCGAGUCGCGGAAAACGGCUCGCCUUAGCCAAACUAUAAAUAUCGGUCUUGAUUGGGUGUUCACGCCACCAGAAGCCAGGGAUACUAUCUCUAAUCUAGUUGUGGCUGUAUCUCAGUCACUCGAUGAUGUGAGAAUAUCGAGAGCAAUAGUCACAGUGGAUAUGUGUUGGUGGCAGAAUACCAGUCAUUGGGAUACUGAUUGGGGGCAGAAAACUGACCGUAAGGGUACAUGUUGGUGGCAGAAAGCUCAUUGUACGAGGGGAUAUGUGCUCGUAUUGAGUGGUGGAAAAAACGUUCUUCUCUCUGUGGCUGAUCCUUAGGCUACAUCCGGUCCAACACUACUACAGGAAUACCAAUGGCGAUAACUCAAGGAUCGAUCCGUGGCGAGGUGAAAACCUUAUACAUUACAAAACUGAUAAGUUUUAAAGGGUUUCUCUAAAGAGGACUACUCACCAUGGUAUUGAAACAUCUUGAAGACAGGUAUCAGCUAUAUAAAUAAGUCGAGCAACCCAACUUUUCAGAGCUCAUCAAGCUACUCGAAAGGUCGUUUAUCAUCAUCAUGCGUCUUCUCUCAGUUGUUGCCCUUAGCCUGCACUUCCGUGGUCUGCUCUCUCAGGCCUUGGAUGCAAAUGGCGUAUCACUUGACGAAAAGGUCCUGGCUAUUGAGAGGCUCUUGAUGACUCCCGGAACCAUCGACUUCCCUGUCACGCCCUGCGAUUUCAACCUCAACUCGGCUCCAAUCAAUAUCGCUGGUGAUCAAACUGCUGCCCAGUGGGUCAGAACGGUCUUUCACGACUUCAUCACGGCUGAUGUGAAGGCCGGUACUGGUGGACUGGAUGCAUCGAUCGGUUUCGAAGCCGACCGAGAUGAGAAUCUCGGCAUCACAUUCAAGGGGAACUCCUUCAUCAACGAAACAAUCAUUGGCUUCAAUCUGUUUUCCGAGGUUUACAUCUCCACCGCCGAUUUCAUCGCAUUGGGCCUUGCUGCGUCUCUGAAUGCUUGUGACUCCGGAACCCCAAUUGUGAGGCUCCGUGCAGGCCGUAUCGACGCUACUCGUGAAGGCCCACUAGGCGUGCCAAAGCCUGAAGAUAGCUUGACAUCCGCGACCGAUGCUUUUGCCAAAGCUGGUUUCAGCAACACGGAAAUGAUUCAGGCAGUCGCCUGUGGCCACUCAAUCGGCUCCGUCCACAAGAUUGAUUUCCCUCAAAUAGUGGGAAACGACCCAACUCUCGAUGUGUCACCCCCUGGCACCGGUGCUGAUACCUUCGACAGCACGCCAUUCAAGUUCGACAACACUCAAGUGCAAGAGUACCUCACCGGAACCGGAAAAAGAGGCGGUCCUCUUGUGACCACCCAGAACGUCACCAUGCAAUCUGAUCUGCGCAUUUUCAAGUCCGACAAUAACGCUACUGUCAAAGCUAUGUCCUCGGCUGCAUCGUUCAGGAAUACUUGCUUGACCAUCUUCGCGAAAAUGCUUGAUACCGUACCUGCGGGCACAGCACUAUCCAAUCCCGUUAGUCCCCGACCUUGGAUUACCAAAGAAACUCAUCUGGACCUAUCGCCAUCUGGAGUUGUUCAGUAUUCGGGCAACAUCUCUACACAAUCCAAAGCAGCGGGGACCGCUCCCGGAACAGCUUCUUAUGUGUACCUCACAAGCAGUGGUAGCACUGCCAAGUCCGGACAAAGUCAAGCUGGACGCUUACAAAACACCAAUGUCAACGGUGUGAUCUCGGAACCAUAUGGAAAGAUCACUGACUACUCUUUCAAUGAUACAAUUCCCGCCGGGGUUACAUCGAUCAAGAUUCAGAACUCUUACACUGAGAACAUCAACAUGAAUAUUUUCGUUGUUCCUUCUCAAUCCUUCAUCAAGCAACCGACGAACCCCGACGGUAGCGGCGGCAUCGCUAGCUAUCUCGUCCGCGCAGCUUUACUCACUUCCCUCUCCACCUCGAGUGCAACCCUCACCGGAACCUUCUAUUUCCCAUCUGUUCAGCCGAACUCCGUCGCUCCAAAGUGGACCCGCACCACUUUCACUUUGACGAAAGAGAAGACGUUGGGGAGCUACACAAUUUUCAAGGGACAGGUGACAGAGCCCGGCGUCCACGCCACUGGAACUGGUCUACACCACGUUGACGUGCAAUUUAGUAGCAUGAGAAGCGCCAAAGUGCUCGCUAGCUCCUUCACUCCUCGAAGCUUCUUCGGAAAGUGCGCAGAUCUCACCAAGUGUUAG